AUGUCACAGCCUAGUGAUGAACUCCAGUUGUCUGAGACAACCUUCAGUCCUGUAUCCACAGUCAUUCAGGCUGGUCAUACAGAAUGGCAACACUUGAAUGGUGCAAAUUCUGUUCUGGGUGACCAGACAACAGCACUGGUCAAUCAGUUGGCUCUUUUUAAUCAGGUCCUCCGUGACCUGAGGGAAGAUAUCCGUGAGCAGGUGAAGGAAAUGUCACUGAUACGGAACACCAUCCUGGAGUGUCAAGUGUGUGGGUUUCAUGACCAUCGGUCCAAGUGUGAUCCCAGUCCUUGUUUUGAAACUGUGGAAUGUAUGGAAACCUAUGAAUACCCUGGUUUCCGCUGUGGAUCCUGUCCUGAAGGUUUUACGGGAAACGGCACACACUGCACCGAUAUUGAUGAGUGCCUCUUCGCCAAUCCCUGUUUCUCUGAAUCCAAAUGCAUAAACGCAGUGCCAGGAUUCCGCUGUGAGUCCUGUCCCUUGGGCUAUGAAGGAACAAUUGUAGCUGGUGUUGGAGUGCAAUAUGCAAUGACAACAAGGCAGGUUUGCUCAGACAUCGAUGAAUGCAAUGAUGGGAAUAAUGGUGGCUGCAUAAUAAACUCCCUCUGCACAAAUACAAUGGGUUCGUUUAAAUGUGGUCCAUGCCGGAGGGGGUUUGUUGGAAACCAGACAGUUGGCUGUGUUCACCAGACGUCAUGCAGCAGUGCCGUAGUCAAUCCAUGUGAUGUCAACGCACAGUGUUCCAUCGAACGCAACGGAGAGGUGUCCUGCCAUUGCAGAGUUGGCUGGGCUGGAAAUGGAUAUGUGUGUGGAACAGACACAGAUAUCGAUGGCUAUCCGGACCAGGACCUGCCCUGCAUUGACAAUCAUCGUCACUGUAAGAAGGAUAAUUGCCGGUAUACCCCGAAUUCAGGUCAGGAGGAUGCUGAUAAUGACCGUGUUGGAGAUCAGUGUGACAAUGACGCAGAUGGAGAUGGCAUUAAGAAUGUCGAGGAUAACUGCAGGCUGGUCCAUAACAAGGAUCAGCAGAACUCUGAUGCAGAUUCAUUUGGAGAUGCGUGUGACAAUUGUCCCAAUGUUCCCAACAACAACCAAAAGGACACAGAUAACAAUGGAGAGGGAGAUGCCUGUGAUAAUGACAUUGACGGAGACGGUAUUCCUAAUCUUUUGGACAAUUGUGCUGGAGUUCCAAAUCCUCUCCAGACAGACAGGGAUGGAGAUGGAGUCGGAGAUGCAUGUGACAGCUGUCCUGAGAUGAGUAAUCCCACACAGACUGAUGCAGAUGAUGAUCUUGUUGGCGAUGCUUGUGAUAAUAAUCAAGACAGUGAUGGCGAUGGGCAUCAGGACUCCAAAGACAAUUGUCCAGAAACUCCUAACAGCUCUCAGUUGGACUCUGACAAUGACGGGUUGGGCGAUGAGUGUGAUGAUGAUGAUGACAAUGAUGGGGUUCCUGACUAUGGGCCAUCGGGUCCUGAUAAUUGCCGCUUAAUUGUGAACCCCAAUCAGAAGGAUUCUGAUGAUAACGGGAUUGGUGAUGCUUGCGAAAAUGACUUUGAUAAUGAUGCUGUCUUUGACCAGUUUGAUGUCUGUCCUGAGAGUGCAGAGGUCACUCUUACUGAUUUCCGAGCCUAUCAGACUGUCGUUCUGGAUCCUGAGGGUGAUGCACAGAUUGACCCAAAUUGGGUAGUCCUCAACCAGGGAAUGGAGAUUGUUCAGACUAUGAACAGUGACCCUGGAUUAGCUGUCGGUUAUACUGCGUUCAAUGGUGUGGACUUUGAAGGCACAUUCCACGUGAAUACUGUGACAGAUGAUGAUUACGCUGGCUUUAUCUUUGGCUACCAGGACAGUUCCAGCUUCUAUGUGGUGAUGUGGAAACAGACAGAGCAGUUAUACUGGCAAUCUACACCAUUCCGUGCAAUGGCUGAGCCUGGUCUUCAGCUCAAGGCCGUGAAAUCAAAGACAGGCCCAGGAGAGUACCUCAGGAAUGCACUGUGGAAUACUGGCACCACCCAAGACCAGGUCACGCUGCUAUGGAAAGAUCCCCGUGAUGUGGGAUGGAAAGACAAGACAUCCUACAGAUGGCAGCUGGUGCACAGGCCACAAGUCGGCUAUAUCAGAGUCAAAUUGUAUGAAGGACCUAAUCUUGUGGCAGAUUCAGGCGUUACAAUUGAUACAACCAUGCGUGGAGGACGCCUUGGUGUCUUCUGCUUUUCCCAGGAGAAUAUUAUUUGGUCCAAUCUGCGCUACAGGUGUAAUGACACAAUUCCUGAUGACUUUGAGCCAUUUCGGAAGUUGCUGCAACUCCAGAUGGGAGCACGCUGAAGGUUUGAGAGGUCCUUAUUGCCAGGUGACAUCAGGAGCCCUUGUCAAUCGUUUCCAGAACCAGUGAAUUUGGCCAAAAUUUCAACGUCAAACAACUGUUUAAAACUCCAAAAAAAAAUUUUAAAAAUAGAAAAGAAAAUGGUAAAACCUGGCUGGCAGUCUGAUUGUCAAAGUAAAUGUUGUUCCAGGGUCACUGCCAGGGGGCAAGGGUUACAAGGGGUGACAGCGAGGGGUCAUUAUGUUAUUUCCCCCAAGGUUUCCAUUUUCAAUAACAAAUAUUUACAGAUGUUUUCUCCCUCUAAUCUGUCUUCCAAUUUGUAAAUUACCCCUCCUCAUCUCACCACUGUCUUUGGCACAAGCCAAUACUUGGUAUCAGCAUCUCCACGUUGAGCAGCUGUUGUCUGCCAGUUUGAUUCACUCCAGCCAGGCAUUUGAAGUUUUUACUCUUGUACAAGUCUAAGAUUUUCCAUUUAGAGGGAGCAGUGGUGUCACUAUGCACAUCAGACACAUUACUCCCCUUCCAGUGUGAGAGAAACCAGGUGGUUUGCUGACUGGGGCUGUUAAUCUGGUCCAAUCUGUGUGACAGAUAAGAACAGGAGUGUCAGACACCCUGUUCAUUCUGAAAACUAGCUCUGAAGGAGCUGGAUCAGUAUCUCUACAUGUAAAUAAAGGGUAACUUGGUGACGGCA